AUGUUGGAAACUUUAUUAUGUUGUAAGAGAUCAAGUAAACCCGAACCAAUCUCAGUUGUGAUAUGCAGAAAGUUUGUUGUUAUAUUAUUUGUAUCAAUAACAUUAACUGUUCUUGUCAUAUUAUCAAACGGAGUAAAUAAAGAUACACCAACUAUUAUAAGAAAGUAUUCUCCAAAGUUUGAGUUCCCUGUACCAGGUACUAUAAACAAUGAAUAUGCAAUACAACCUACUUAUGAUAAUAGCAGCCUUGAUUGGAAAGGAAGUUUUUCUCCAGAUAAUUUAUCAUUUAUUGAUGCUAAUAGUACGACUCAAAAUCAAGGGGAUAUAACUCAAUUAAAUUUAAUUUUCGUGAUUACGGAUCCAAAUUAUAAUGCUGCUACAACUAAAGAUGUUCCUGUCCGUUUUAGUAUUUCUAUGCAUGAUCAAGAAUAUGAUCCAUAUAAUGAUACACUUGUUAAUGUAACUGAGGAUUAUUCAAGUUUUGUCAAAUCACUUCAAAGAUAUGUUUUAUACAAUGUAGAAAAUCAAUAUACUUUGGAUCUAUCAAGAAAACAAAGGAUUAUAUUAAAAGAUUCAUUUCUAAAUAAUUUUGGACUUCCACAAAGGUACCCCAACAAACCUUAUGUUGUGGCAAAUGAUCGUUUGAUCGCAACAACAGGGGAUACAAACUUUACAGCUUUCUUCAUACAGCCUCAGAAUUUUUUGCUUGAAACUGAGAUUGAACAAAG